UCUUCAAAUAUCUGGAGAAGCAUGAGUUAAUACAGUGCCUACGGUGGGGUUUCAGCAGUCUGGGUUACAGGAGCGUAGUGGCUGCAAAACAGGUCCAAUGCUCGAACCAAGGAUACCCUUAUCAAAGAUGAAGGUGGACUACGAUUGGCUCUGACUUUUAGUAACCUUUUCCAUUCAAAUAAGUUGCCCAUUACUAACAUGGCAGGGUGGUCGGCUGCAGUGCCCACUCCAAAGAUGGCGGCACUUAGCCGGGUUCGAGCCCUCGCAUUGGUGUUCUUAACUGUCAGUGGCUGUUUGGUAAGCUUGACAAGUGCGAGAGAAAGUGCAGAAGAGACGGUCAUUAUUGGUCUCAGACUGGAAGAUACUGACGACGUUUCCUUUAUGGACAGGGGGUUCCUGCGGGUCAGCGAGAGGUCUCGUGUCAAGUUGAGGGUCUAUGGGCAAAACAUUAACAACGAGACAUGGUCCAAAAUUGCAUUCACGGAGCAUGAGCGCACAAGACUGUUUGGCAACAUUGACAGUUCAUUCGGGGACAACGAGAGCAAAGAGCACAUCACUAACUUUCAUCCGUGUGGCAUUAGAACCUCAGACAUAAUUAUUCUGCCAAAUAUUGUCGUAAACAGAAAGACAUCGGGUGUUGUUGAAAUCGACGUCAAGCCCCUGAGAAAAACCGAAAGGAGUAAAGCCUACUACCUCUGCGUUGCCACCUCAACGCCUGCUCUGGCUGGCCUGCACGAUCCGUGGACGGAAAACACUUGGGUCUACCACGAUGGCCAGGACACCAAAGUCAUUGUUGUGGAGGAGAAGAAGUUCUUGCUUCCCUUCUGGUUGCAGGUGAUUUUCAUCGCGAUGCUGCUGUGCUUGUCUGGCAUGUUUAGCGGAUUGAACCUGGGUUUAAUGGCACUGGAUCCGAUGGAGCUCCGGAUUGUUCAAAACUGCGGCACAGAGAAGGAGAAGAAUUAUGCGAAAAAGAUCGAGCCCGUGCGGAGUCAGGGGAAUUACCUACUCUGCUCGCUACUUUUGGGGAAUGUGUUAGUCAACACUACCUUGACCAUUUUGUUGGAUGAUAUCGCAGGUUCUGGGUUGAUUGCGGUCGUGGUGUCAACUAUUGGAAUAGUGAUAUUCGGUGAAAUCGUGCCUCAGGCUAUAUGUUCACGGCAUGGUCUUGCGGUUGGUGCCAACACCAUAUUCCUGACCAAGUUUUUCAUGCUAAUGACAUUCCCAGCUUCAUACCCAGUGAGCAAACUGUUAGACCAUGUCUUGGGACAGGAGAUCGGAACGGUGUACAACAGAGAAAAGCUCUUGGAGAUGCUGAGAGUGACGGACCCCUAUAACGAUAUAGUUAAAGAGGAGCUGAACAUCAUCCAGGGAGCCUUGGAGCUCCGUACGAAGACCGUGGAUGAUGUGAUGACGCCGCUGAGAGAUUGUUUCAUGAUCACCGGGGAUGCUAUUCUGGACUUUGGCACCAUGUCGGAAAUUAUGGAGAGCGGGUACACGCGCAUCCCUGUCUUUGAAGGGGAUCGGUCCAACAUUGUGGAUCUGCUGUUUGUGAAAGACUUGGCAUUCGUGGAUCCAGAUGACUGCACGCCUCUAAAAACCAUCACUAGGUUCUACAGCCAUCCCUUGCAUUUUGUAUUCAAUGACACCAAGCUGGAUGCCAUGCUAGAGGAAUUUAAAAAAGGUAAAUCUCAUCUAGCUAUCGUCCAAAGAGUGAACAAUGAAGGGGAAGGGGAUCCGUUCUACGAGGUUCUGGGCAUCGUUACGUUGGAGGACAUCAUAGAAGAAAUCAUCAAAUCUGAGAUCUUGGACGAGACUGACUUGUAUACUGACAACAAGUCCAAAAAGAAGAUCACACAUCGGGAGCGGAAACAGGACUUCUCGGCUUUCAAGCCCACGGACAACGAGAUGAAGGUCAAAGUAUCACCACAGCUGCUGCUGGCUGCUCUGCGUUUCCUAGCAACAGAGGUGGAGCCCUUCGGCUCCUGUCAGAUGUCAGAGAGGAUUCUCCUGCGUCUCCUGAAGCACCCCAGCGUCAUACAGGAGCUCAAGUACGACGACAACAACAAGAAAGUUCUGGAACACUACCUUUUCCACCGCAACAAGCCCGUGGACUACUUCAUCCUGCUCCUCCAGGGGAAGGUGGAGGUGGAGGCGGGAAAGGAGGGGAUGCGGUUUGAAGCCGGACCUUUUUCCUACUAUGGGAUGCUGGCUCUGAUGGCCUCUCCAGUUCCUCUCUCCCUUUCUCGUACGUUUGCCGUCAGUAGGGCAGAGUCGCUUGCAGGAUCUCCAGAGAAUAAAUCACCACCGCGGUCGUUCGGAUUGAACCACUCGGAUUCCCUGAACCGUAGCGACCGGAUCGACGCCAUAACGCCCACACUCGGGAGCAGCAACAACCAGCUAAACGCCUUCCUGCAGAUCUACGUUCCGGACUAUUCCGUCAGGGCGGCCAGUGACCUGCUCUAUAUCAAGGUUACCCGGCAGCAGUACCAGAACGCUCUCGUGGCCUCGCGGAUGGACAAGACGCCGCAGUCCACUGAUGGGGAGUACACGAAAAUCGAGCUGACUCUGACGGAGAUCCCCGACGGCUCGCAAGACGAGACGGCCAAUCUACUGAACUGCCUAGCGCACGGCAAGCCAAACCACACGCCACACAGCGAGGGCGCCCUCUAGAGGAGGCAGGACCGCAAAUGCAAAACGCACUCCGGGAUGCGCGGUAGAGAGCCCGGUGAACCGGCCGUGACGCUCUCUCUCACCGGCCGGACCGCACCGGCGUCCGCAGACCAAAGAGUUCGCACCCUCUCUCUCAUUUGGGGCGAGAAGCGUGAGGUGAGCGCUGUAGGGAGGGGAAGAGUGAGGCAAGGAAAAGACCAAAAAACUAAAUUAGCAGAAGGAGUGGUGAGUUAAGACUGUGCCAAAUACUGCUACCAUGGCAACUGUGAACCAAGAAUGUUUUCAUUAAUUUAUUUUAUCAAUGUUUUUAUAUACUGUAUUUACUCACCUUCAUGUGAAUGUGAUCAUGUGGGAGCUUUAUAAACGUGUAUUAUUGAAUAUCUUGACCUUAAAUCAGGAUUAUGGUACAUUGUCCAUUUUUUUUAUUCAAAUGGACCACACUGAUAAUUUAUUUUAUAUGACUACAUUUCAAAUAAUUAUAUAGCAGAUUAAAGAUCUAACUUGAUUUUUUAAAUAUAUUGUGUAUUUAUGGGCAAAGCAGCCAAAAGUUGCUGGCAUGUAGCACCUUUUUGAUACUUAUUUGUUUGAGUAAUAUAGUUUGAGUUUGAGGAGAAUACAUUAAUCUCCAUAGUUCCAUUACAUUAGUCACAAGAUAUAUAUAAAAAAGGACAGAGGUCAACCCUCACUGCUGCAUCAAGCAAUAUUCAGUGCAUGAUAAUGUGUUUAAAAAAUAUAUAGUCAGUCAAUACUGUGCACAUUGCACCAUAGUAUUGGUGUAAUAUCAUGGACAUAUGAGACUGUUACACUUCAUAAAUGUGCACUCUGUCAAUGAAAAUGUCACAAGAACUAAGUGGGUUCAGUUCAUUAUUUUCUAAAUUAUUUUCUAUCAAUCUGCAUAUGGUCUUCUUACAUACAGGUUUUAUAAGACAAAAGUACGGGUGGAUUCCUUCGACCGCACACUACAAUUUGUGAAUUUUGAGUUCAGAAAGUGUGGACAUCCAUAAUCAUCUGUUUGUGGAUAAAGUCAGUGUCUUUAACUCCCAUGGCCUAGUGCUAAUAAACUAUUUUAAUAGAGAAGACCAAUGCAUGGGAAAUGAUAGUGUUCAUGUCUGUGAGUCUCUUCACUGUGGACUUCCACUGGAGAUUUCACAGAACACUGAAAGAGACCCCGUCUGUCUGUCUGUCUGUCUGUCUACCUCCAUCUGUCAGUGUCUCAGUUCAGUCUGAAGAUUUAAGGUGCUGCUAUGGUCUCUCAGCUGCUAUGUACACGUCCCUCGCCCUGGGCUGUUGUGUCGUAAAAGCUUAUGCGUCUCCACAAUGACCGCCACGCUAAACCAGCUCACGAUGUCGGUCCUGACGAAUCUCACCUGGCCUUACAGGGAGUCUUCAGGAAAGGGGCCGUUAUUUAUACACUUUUCUAGCAAUAAUAUGGUAUUAUAUACUAUUAACCUGAUUGACAUAUAAUACUUGUGUAUAUGCACACUGAUCAGUGUUGUUGGUACAAUAAAGAAUGAAGGCUUAAUGAAA